GCCGCAAUGGUUGAGAUGGCAAGUCUGCGCCAAGUCAAGCUUUGGACUCCUUCUUCCAUGGCCACGGCAACGCGGUCCUCCUCAUGACCCAUUCUCAGCACAAGACUGAGUGAGGCCUCCUCUAAAAGGCGAAUGAGAUUCCCGGCAAUGUCGACCGUUGACCAUCACCGCUCACUUCCUCCGCUGUCAGCCAUCCCCGCCUCCAGAUGACGCUAUCCGCCGCCGCCGCCGUGGAGUCCGUCCGCCGAUCGCUCGCCCGCCUCUCCUCCUCCGACCACAACCACCAGUUCGAGAACUCGAAGCGGUUCUGCGCCUUCGUCCCGCGGCUCCAGCUCCUCAUCGAUCAGCUCCUCCUCCCUUCGCCGUCACCGGAGAACCUCCCCGCGUCCGUGCAGACCUCCCUCCGGGGGAUCGCCGUCGAUCUGGAGAGCGCGGCCGAGACGGUGUUGGCGUACGUGAGCAAGAGCAAGGUCUUCGUGCUCAUCAAUUGCAAGUCGCUUUUAGCGUCAAUUCAGCAACGGACGGCGGCGAUUGGAGGAUGGCUCGCGUUGCUGGAGUCGGCUAUUCACGAAAAUCCUGAUCUCAAGAAAAAAAUUGCCGAUCUCUCCAGAGACAUGAAGCAGGCUGAAUUCAUAGUGACUGAGGAUGAGGAGAGAGUGCAUCUUAGUCUGCAGAAGGAAGGAGAAGGGAGAAGAGCAAGUAAAGCAGUGCAAAGUGCUAUAGUGAUGGAGCUAGCUAGAGCAUUAGGGAUGGAAGCACAUAAGUACACAGAAUUAUCUGCUCAAGUUAAGCUCCUGAAGAACGACUUAGUUCGCUCAAACUCAAUAACAGAGAGGCGGAUUCUGAUCUCUCUGGAGAAGAUUCUGACUAACUGGUCCAUGGAACCCAACAUUCAGACCGGCGGUAUGGAUCUCGAUUUUGAAGAAGGCGCACAAAUCUCGCCUUUCAAGAACUUCCUCUGUCCCUUGACUAAGGAAGUCAUGAAGGAUCCCGUGGUGCUGGAGUCAUCUCAGACGUAUGAGCGGGAGGCAAUCAAGUAUUGGUUCGAGCGGUGUAUAGACGAUGCCCGAGACGUGACUUGCCCUGUCACAGGUCAAGUGCUCAAGUCUUUAGAGCUUAAACCAAACAUCGGACUGGCUGGGGCAAUUGAGGAAUGGGUUAAUAGGAACAUAGAAAUCCAGGUCAAAUCAGCAGUGCAGUGUCUUAGCGAGGAACCUCUUAAGUUAGACGAGGUUGAGAGAGUACUGGACAGUAUAUAUAGGAUAGCAGAAGAUUAUCCCUCUAGCAGAUACAGAGUGAGGAAUGCUGGUCUCGUUCUUAUCAUCAUAAAGUUGCUUAGGAACUCUUCAAAGAGCAUCGGAACACACUUGAGAAGCAAAACUCUUCUUGCCUUGCUCGGCAUGGCAAAGGAUGAAGAAAGCAAGAAAAUAAUGCUUGAGGAGGGGAUGACUAGAUUGGCAAUACACAGUCUUACUGGGAGCUCUGAAAAGGAAAGAGAGCAUGCUAUUAAACUGUUGCGCGAGUUCUCAAAUGAUGAAGCUUAUUGCAAAAAGAUCGCGUUGGAGAAAGGGGCACUAGUUCUCCUCACCAGCUUGGCAGGAAAUCUUGAGCAUCCCACUUUAUCCAAUCUAGCAGUGGAGGUCUUAGCACGAAUUGAGACCAUUGAGGAGAACAUCCAAUAUUUAGCAGCAGCUGGAAGAUUUGAACCGCUACUGAGCCGGCUCUGUGAAGGGAGUGAUGAGGUCAGAAUAACGAUGGCAACCAUGUUGGGAAGCAUGACCAUGACAAGUAACAGCAAAUUGCUUGUUGCCAGACAAAGCGCUAAAAUACUUGUUCCAAUGUUGGCGAAGGAAGAAGGAAAGGCACCUAGCUUGCGGGCAUUGCAUAACCUAUCAAGCGUUGAUGAUAAUGCUAGCAUACUCGUUAAUUCUUCCAUGCUUCCAUCUCUUAUAUACAUCCUCUUCGAGGACCAGGAUGCUUCACUGGAACUGAAGGAAUUAGCAGCCUCAACAAUGGCUAAUGUAGUCUCGAAUCCUGGGCACUGGGAAUUAGCAUGUACUGACAAGAAAGGCCAUUUACUGCAGUCUAAACCAAUUAUCACGAAACUUUUGGGGCUCUUAUCUUCUGCCUCUUCUAAAUGCCAAGCUUCCGCACUUCGCAUUUUAUAUGGCAUGUCAUUGUCUCCACAGGCAUCAGAGUCUGUAGCUUCUUACAUAAUGGACGGCCAGGGACUCGAAAAGAUCAUAUUGUUUCUCGAUCAUGCAGAAGACGAACAGAGACUUCAUGCUUGCAAACUUACUAGACUGCUCUCUGAACGAUUUCAUCAAGAUUUAGCAAGUCGACUGAGAUCUUCCGACAAGAUUCCUCUGCUUAAAGAGAAGAUUUUAGAUAGAAAAACAAUUGAGAGUGAAAGGUCUGAUACAGCAUGCAUACUUGCUAAUCUUCCUCUAGCCGAAGAGGAUGUGACAACUCUCCUCGGAGCUAGUUUCUUGAGAUGGUCAGUCGAUACGAUAAAAAAUCAUCAGCAAAAGUCUAAGGGGAGAACUUUCAAAUCUCAGCCAAGCAUGGUCGAAGGACUUCUUGGCCUCUUACUUCAAUUUACCAGAUCCACUGACCCGGAGAUUCUAUCUGUGAUUAGAGAGUUGAGCCUGAUGAGCGUGUUCUGUGAGCAGCUUAACUUUCCUUCAAAACCCAGAAUGAAGCAACUCGCUGCCCUUGGAUUGAAGAAUCUGUCGGAAACUGGAAGGGUGGUUGCUGCUGGACACUUAGAACCACCGCCACCUCAGCGGUUGUGCUCUUCCUUGGUAUUCAUGUGUGGCUGUGUCCCUCCCGAACCUUCUCGAUGCCCCAUACACAACUCUCUGUGCGAAGAGCACGCUCAUUUGUGUUUGCUACAGUGCAACUGUAUCAAGCCUCUAGUUGAUCUCCUUGAUGACGAGGACACUGAUGUCCAAGUCGCUGCAGUGGAGGCGCUUUCCACUCUCAUUUUAGAAAGUUCCAGGAGUUUGAAGUGUGCUGUCGAGGAGUUUGAGAGGCAAGAUGCCGUUGAUGCUUUAAUUAACCUUUUCUCGGAAGUUCGAGCUGGUGAACUUCAGGAGAGGACGGCUUGGAUGAUAGAAAGGAUAAUUAGAGUGGAAAGCCAAUCCUCUCGCCACUCGCUCAAUCAGAACCUGGUUAGGGCCUUGAUAGAAGCCUUGAGGCAUGGGAAUGCUAACACAAAGAGGCAUGCUCAAGAUGCUCUUACCAAUCUAAAACAGAUAUCAGGAGUUAGUGGAAGUUCCUCGAGUCAGAUUCAGUUAAGAAGGUAGUUAUUUAGUGACGGAGCUUGUAUUUGGAUGCAAUGCAUUCUGUCUGUAGAUCUAGAAAUAGGUUCUUGUUGUACAGUAGGUAUUGCCAAAUUUGGCAUUCGAUGCUGUACUUAAUCAAUAAACGCUGCAAUGGUGAAGGCAAUACAAUUGUACCAACAGCAAGAUGUUCUAAUACAAGCGGUAGGUGUAAGUUAUGCACCAGUAAA